AUGACGUCCACAGCCGAUGGCAUCGACAUGGAUGCCUAUUGGGGUCGUCUCGGGCUCACGUGCCACGACCUCGCCUCGUACGCGCCGCGGUCGCUCGAGCUCCUCACGCUCCUCCAAGUGACGCACGCGAUUGCGAUUCCGUUCGAGAACCUCACGCCUGCUCGCGUGUUUCCCGUCAACCCCGAUCACGUCGAUGCGUCGAUUCCCGGUCAAGUUGUCUCGAUCGCAGCCGACAAGAUUUUUCAAAAGCUCGUUCGGGAUCGCCGCGGCGGCUACUGUUUCGAGACGAACGGCCUCUUCGCCCUCGUCCUGCGCUCGCUUGGGUAUCAAGUUGAUACAAUUGGCGGCCGCGUCGUGCUCCCGGCGCCGGACUUGGCGCAGCCAUACUACGAGCUUCAAGCACUGACGCACACGCUCCUGCUUGUGUACAUUGAGGGCGACGCCACGCCGUACCUCUGCGACGUGGGCUUUGGCGGGCGAGGCAUGCCGCCCCGGCCCAUGCGCCUGUGCACGACGGCGUCGAUUGAGCUCGCAACUGGCGAGCGAUAUGGCCUCGCGCGCGUCCGUGUCAACCACGCGAUUCACGCAAGCGCCUAUGGCGGCUGCAUGGACAUGGCGGCCAAGGACUACGAGAUGGCCAACUGGUACUGCUCUACGAGUCCGUUCCCCAACAUGACGCAGUAUGCCAUCGUUGCCCGGCGCACUGGAAAGCAACUGCUGACCCUGCGCAACAGGUCGUUUAGUGUCAUUGAGAACGGAUGUGUCGUUGAGAGUCGCGCUAUCGAAGACCACGAGCUCCUCGACUUGCUGCGUGACCGGUUCGGCUUGGCGCCGUAGACACUAGUUAUGGCCUAAAGAACCCUAAAAAGGCUUG